AUGGAUUGUGCCCCAGUUUCUGAAUCCCACGGUAGUAGUAGUUGCAGCAGCAGCAGCAGCAGUAGUAGCAGCAGCAUUGAUUGGGACGAAGCAGUCCAUUUGUACAUACGCGUAGUCGAAACCGAUGGGGCCGAAAAAUUGCAGGCCAAAGCCACUUUAGAGCUCGCACGGCUCGCAAAUCGAGCCCGCGGCUCGAGUCCGACUCUCUGGUCUGCCGCUGCCUACGCUUUGUGCCAUGUUGCCUGCAGCUUCGGCUGCCGGCUGGCCCCGAUAAUCGGCCAAUCCGGUGCAAUUCCAGUAGUUCUCAGACUGCUGCCCGAUUCCGAAUACCGAUUCCGGAGAAUUCUGCUUAGAUUGCUAAGCGCGCUCGUCUCGUUCGACCACCCCAAUCGGGUGAUCCUCAUGCGAAGUGGGGGUUUGGAAGCUAUUUUGGAUCUGGUCUCUGUUUGCGCCGACGAUACGAAGAAGUACUUGCUGGAAAUCAUCAGCGCUUUGGCAUUGCUUAGAGAAGUGCGGAGGGUGAUCGCGAAUUUAGGCGGCCUUUCCUACCUCAUCGAAGCCGUUUCGUAUGGUAAAAUGGCUUCGAGAACUCGCGCGGCGCAGGCCCUCGGGUUGCUCGGUAUCGCGCGGAGGGUCAGGCAUAUGCUCGUGGAAUUGGGGGCGAUACGAGCACUUGUCGGGUUACUAAAGGAUGGUGAUGAAUCGGCUAGGUUAAUCGCGGGCAAUGCGCUUGGAAUAAUCUCAUCUCACGUAGACUACCUGCGGCUUGUGGCAGAGGCCGGUGCCGUACCUUUGUACGUGGAGCUUCUGCAAGGAGCCGAACCUCUCGGGAAAGAGAUCGCGGAAGAUGUGUUUUGCGUAUUGGCCGUGGCUGAAGAGAAUGCCGCGUUGAUACUAGAACAUUUGGUGAGGAUUCUUCAGAGUGGAGAUGAAAAUGCGAAAGCGGCAGCGGCGGACGUUAUUUGGGACCUUUCUGGGUACACUCAUUCAGUUUCGGUAGUUCGAAGUUCGGGCGUAAUUCCGAUUCUGGUUAAGCUUCUUGAAAAUGGAAAUGACGAGUUAAAAGAAAAGGCUUCGGCGGCCAUUGGGCAACUAAGCUACGAAGGAGCAAAUAGGGAAGCUAUGGCUGAAGCAGGGGCCGUCGAUGUUCUUAUUGGUGUGUUGAGAAAUGACGCGGAGGAGCUGAGAGAAUACGCCGCUGAAGCUUUAAUGAAUUUUACUGAAGAUCCGGCUUAUCGAGAGAGAGCAUCUGAAGUGUUGGAAGUUCCAUCGUUUGUGUCUAUACGAGAUAGGUUGGUUCGAAUCCGUGCUUCUGAUGACUUCAUGGUUAGGUCUAUGAGGCUGAUGAGUGUGGAUCAGCUUGCAUCAGAGCCAGAUUUGACGUGACUCUCCAGUGGUAUAACCGAUGAUUAUGUAGAGAAGAGAACAAAAAAAAAAGGUUGUUUGUUUUUUGAUUUGUUGUUUCAUCUUGAUUUUGUUAAUUUGAUGGUGAAGAUUUUAAUGAUACUAGUGUUUAUGGCUCAACCUUUUCCAGUUGUGUCCGAAUCAACCUUCUCUUGCUGAGAUCUGUACUCGUUUUUGCUUGUUCAGAUGGGCAUUUCCAAUAAAAAGAGAAAAAUAAUGGAUAAUUUGUGCUUAA